CCUCCGAAUUUUUGACUAUUUUCCAUCUUCCCGGGACACCUACGUAGUGACGUUAAACGUGCUUAUACGUAACGCGUACAUUCUGUCUCUUAGACACCGUAGUCUAAGCGUUUUUAAUUUUUAAUCGUAUUGUUUUUAUUUCAAUUUUAUUCUAAGUUAAGUUAGUUUUAAGUUUAGUCCGCCAUCUUGUGACGCUUUCAAAAUAACGAUCAAAACGCGCGUCGGUCGUAAGAUGGUCAGUAAGGAGCCGCCAUUGCAGCCAGUGGAAAUUAAGAGUAAGAGGAGAAGGCGUAGAGCGCGCAACCGAGCUGGGAAGAGGCGUUCUAGGAAGACUACAGUUGCCGUCGCGGCCGUGGCGACGUUGCCUUCGGAGAAAUACUCUAGCCCCGUGAAGUGUGCUGUUCACGCGUUCCUUAUGAGAUACCAGAGUGCGCUGAGGAAGGUGCCGGCACAUCUGCCGCCGCGGGUCCACGCCGGGCCGCCUUCGAAGAGGGUUAAACGCGUUUCUUGGAGUCACGACGAGAGCGGGUCGAUGAGCGGCGGCGGCGACCCGGCGGUGCUCGCCGUCGGGCCGGCGCGGCGGCCGCUCACCUACACCCGGGAACAACUGUUACGGCUGAGGCACUCGCCGCUCGUCAAGAAGGGGCUCGACGUGCCGCUCGCGGGCUGCGACGCGCUCGCGCUGGUGUUGAAAAAGAGGUCCGACUCCCCUAACGAAGAUGACCGAGGUGCCAGAGGCGAUGCACCAGCCGAAAACCACAAGGGAGUGUACGGCCGCGAGCGCGAGCGAGAGCGUCGUUCCGCCGACCCUCGCGAGCGCGUCCGUAAGGAGAGCGAGCCGAGCAGCGGCAUAGUGCUGUCUCCCCAACGGCGAUCCUUUACGAGUGGCUGUGGGGCGCCUGCUGCCGCUGCGGCACCUCCGCCGCACGUGGCUAGGACGAGGCCGGAGUCCCCGCUGUGCCCCGCGCCCGCGCAAGCCAAGCCUGAACCAGCGGGUCGUCGUAUCGGCUCCGGGCGAAUCAUGGUGCGAGACGUACCGCAUUCCGGCUGGGAGGAGGGAGAGUACCGGCCUAGCGAACCCUACCGGCCUCGCGAACACCGGCCCAACGGCGAUAGGUUCGAGCGACGUUCGUUUACUCGUGACUCCUACUCCUCUGACAUUAAGAGGGAAAGGGAAGACCGAUUCAACAACGAAAAACAGAGAGAGAGGGAAGACAACCGCAGAUCAGGUGGUCGCUAUUCUCAACGACGUUUUGAGAAAGAAGAUGAACCAGAGUGGUUUAGUGGAGGGCCGACAUCUCAACACGACACCAUCGAACUCCGCGGUUUCGACGAGCCGACCAAAAAGAACGGCUCCACGAGCGGCAAAGAGACUGAGAAAUGGAACAACAACAGCGGUGCCAGAUCGCCCGGCACCGAGCGAAGCGAGCGUAACGAGCGAAACGAGCGAAGCGAGCGCCCCGAGCGAGGCGAGCGACUCGAGCGGUGGCGGAGCGAGUCCACGUCUGAACCUGCACCGAUCGAAGACUCCAAUGACACUAGCAAUGAUAAGGACUCGGGGGUGGAGUCGAAGGCCGAGGAACCGGCGGGCGCGCAGCCCGACUUCAACCUGGACGAGUUCCUCAAGCUGGAUUCCAUACCCGACGUGUUGACGAAUGGUGGCGCUGAGAGCGAAGGCGGCAGCAGAUUUAGCCGCUGGUUCCGUCGCGAAAGUCCCACCAAUGACUCGCGCCAUUAUGAGAGGCUACUGACUAACAUGGUCGACGACCUAGAUAAUCCGGCGCGUCCACCAGCGAGCGAGCCGAGCCACAUGUUCGCGCCGAUAUCCCCCGCCGCGCCGCCCUCGCUGCUGGACCUGCUGCGCCGAGCUAAUGCCAACUCCGACCCGAGGCCUGAGAUGAACAACGUCGGCGGCAAGAUCCACAGCCUGGAGGAGCUGGAGGCGCGCCUGCGGCCGCCGCAGCCCGCGCCGCACUCCGACCACGACCUGUCCGCCUUCAAGCGACUACUGGCGCAGGUGUCGGGCGGGCACGCCGUGCCGGCCGCCGAGCAGCAGCAACGGCCACCGCCUCAGCCCAUGAGCCUGUUGCAGAUGCUGAACAAGAGCAUGGAACAACAACAACAACAACAGCAACAUCAGCAGCAACAAAAAGCGCCGCCGGCGCAGCCGCACAUCCCGCAGGAGCUGCUAUACAAACUGCUGCAAGUGCAACAGGUAUGGCAUCAGCAACAACAGCAGAGCGAGAUGCUGCCCCCCGCCCCCGCGCCCGGCCCCUCCCCCGCCGACCGCGAGCUGCUACAGCGACCCGAGGCGCAGGCCAUCAUACACGGUCUGAAAGCGGGCGAAAUAACGGUGCAACACCUGAUGCAGCAGUUAGGGAAUCCAGGCCUGCAGUCCCGGCACCGCGAGGUGCUGCUCACUAUAUUACGGCUUCAUCAGCAGCAGAGACAGCAGCAAAUGGGUGGGUCUCCGUUGCCGGGCGUGGGCGCGGCGCCGCACUUGGUGGUGCCGCCGCUGCACCAGCCGCUGCGCCUGUCGCCGCUGCCGCAUCCAAGCGUGCCAGCCCGCAUUCCGUCCCCGCGCGAACUCGCCGCCCACACGCAGUGCAUCAUGCAGAGCGCUCUCAUCAAGAAGAAACUAGAGGAACAGCGAGAAAACUACCGCCGCCGCCACGACCCGCCCAAGGGCACUCCCAUCUCGUUCACACCCACAUCCGUAUUACGUAAAAUGACCGCGGACAAGGAGUCGGACGCCCCGAGCCCCAAGCAGCAGCAGUGGGCGCAGCCGCCCAAGAUGCCGCAGGGGCGGCCCAUCGUCAAGGGCAACCAGAGCGGAGCAGCGCCACCUAUGGGAUACGCGCCGUCACCGGCAGACUACCAACAUCAUUAUCAACAGCAGCAAAUGUCUGGCAGCGUACGUCAGUUUCUGCAUCCGCAACAGAGGCAGCAAGUACCCAAUGCGCUAAACAAUAUGAACAAUAUGAACAUGAACAAUAUGAAUAACAUGACUCGCGGCAUCGCCGGGGGCACCACUCUGCACCAAUUGCUAGUCCAGUCUCAUCAGAGGAGUCUCAACGAACUAGGCGGCGUGGGCGGCACGGGCGGCGGCGACAACCAGCUCGCUCGUUGGUUCUCCCCCGAACUCCUCGCUCGCGCCUCGGCCGGCAAGUUGCCCUCCGUGCACGUGCCCAACGCGCUCUCGCUCGAGGACCUCGAGCGGCACCACCACUCGCCAGCACCGCCGCUGCGCAACUGAAC